ACACACGAGACCUCAAGUCCUCAAGGUUCAAUUUUUCAAAUCCAAUGCCCAACUUAUCAGGAGCUAUCCCUGAAAAUGACAGAAAUGCCCUCGUACGUUGUCGAAACCCCCCUCUUCGAGCCUUACAAGCCCAAGAAACAAUACAAAUUGUACUCUUCGUUGCUCCCGAUCAUCUUAUCUAUCUUCACCUACAUUUUGAUCUUCCACGUUCUCGACGUGUCUCCUUUGUCGAUCUUCAACGACACGAAGAUCUUGUUCGUCAUCUCCAACGCACUUAUCAUCAUCAUUGCCGCCGAUUACGGUGCAUUCACUGACAAAGAGAACCUCGAUUUUUACGGAGAAUACACAGCCGCGAUGAGAAGGGAUGCACAAGAAAACCCUAGACCGGAAAAGUCGGUCUAUGGGGUGAGUAUGGCGGAAGAAACCAAGAACCGUGAGAAACAAGAAGGACCAGUGGGAGCGAGAGACUUACAAGAUCAGUAUUUGCCUAACAAGAAAGCGAAAGUUACUGAGAGAAUCAUACAAGCCGUGAGCAAGAACCAACCGAGAAACAAAGCCAUUGAAAAGUGUGAGCCAGUGACUGAGCAAAAUGUUCAUAUAAUAGCUGCAAAAGAAGAAACUUGCAACGCAAGCAAUCUGAUGAACUCUAAAGCCUACGGGCGAAGCAAAUCGGAUAAGGCUCGUGGGUCAGUGAUAUCCAAGGAACGUCGUCGUCAAGAGAUCAAACAUAGACAUAAAAGUUACGAUCGGAGUCAAUCGGAUAGCUCGAAAUGGAUGGUUGUUCACAAGGGGAAGAAGGCUGACGAGGAGAUGGAGGAGGCGACGAAGAAGUGGGAGAAUGUAAAAGAAGAGUCGGAGGAGUUCUCGAAGAUGUCGAACGAGGAGUUGAACAGACGAGUCGAAGAUUUCAUCCAACGGUUCAAUCGAGAUAUCAAACGACAAAUUUAGUUUAAUGUAAUUUGUUGUUGUACCAAUACGGCAAAUUUAGUCAACCUUUUUGUGUCGUUUCCUUCCCUUUUUUUCUUUUGUCAUUCUUGCAUCUUGUUUAUUAGAGUUGGUAAUGAGAUCAUGGAGAUAUUAAUCGUUAGUUUAAUUUCAAGGGUUAAAAUAAAUAAAAAUUUAAAAGUAAAAAUUGU